AUGCAGAUCCUCCGUCGGAACCUUCUCGAAGCUUCCUGCCGCCUCUCCUCCCUCCUCCACUCUCCACCUCCCGCCGCCCACGCACACGCCCAUGCCGUCGCCACCCUCUCCGCCGCCCGGCGGGAUCCGUCCACCGGCUCCCUCGCCACCACGCCGUGGGCCGCCACGCAGCGCCGCGGCGCGAAGAUGCUCGGCUCCGACGUGAAACUUGGAAAUGUGAUACAGAGAAAAGGCCGCAUUUAUCAGGUGAUAAAAUCGCAUCAUUCACACCAAGGAAGAGGAGGAGCCACAAUACAGGUGGAACUGAGGGAUGUUGACACUGGUAACAAAAUAGUUGAAAGAUUUCGUACCGACGAGGCUCUUGAGAGAGUUUUUGUUGAGGAUAAGCCUUUCACAUAUCUGUAUCAGGAAGGAGACAACGUGGCACUUAUGGAGCCUAACACGUUUGAGCAACUCGAGGUUUCAAAGGAACUGUUUGGCAAAAACGCUGCAUAUCUGAAAGAUGAGAUGAAGGUAACUCUACAAUUUUUUGAUGGCCGAGCGUUGUCUGGCUCAGUGCCUCCUCGUGUGACUUGCACUGUUGUUGAAGCACAGCCUAAUGCAAAAGGCCUAACUGCUACACCUCAAUAUAAGAGGGUCUUGCUGGAUAAUGGCCUUACAGUACUUGCCCCGCCUUUUGUUGAAGUGGGUGAGAACAUCAUUGUUAGUACUGUGGAUGAUUCAUAUAUGACUAGGGCCUAA